AUGGCGAGUGUAGUCUUGAUUAAAGAUGACCCCUUCACGGAAAGGCCCAAACCUGAUGUCAUCAUUCGGAAACCAGUGAAAAGCAGUACCAAGCUAGCAACACAAACGACGGCAACAGUCGGAGCAUGUAAGGUUGAUGACAGCCCAAGAAAUGAUACGCCUGUAUCGACUUGGGGGAACAGUUUCAAUGUUUCCGGAGGAAUUCAGUACAAUAACACAGGAAACGGCAAUCAGUUCCUCGGUAGUCAAUUUCAUGGCGAUGUAAAUUUUGUUGGUGGGAAUGGGGAAAGUGAGGAUCAAUCCCGAAAGAAAAGGAAAGCCCAGGUUCUGAAGCGCCUCGCAACUUCUCCAUAUUGUGGCCGGAAGGAUCGGAAUCCUUCUGCUGUCCAUGGAACCUGCGAGUGGUUUAUCUCUCAUCAUCUUUAUCACGAAUGGCUUGGCCAAGAAGCUUCAAAGAUUCUCUGGGUCUCGGCUGAUCCUGGAUGCGGCAAAUCAGUACUCGUCAAACAUCUCGUCGACUCUGUUAUCCAGACUACAGAUUCCAGGAAGGUCUGUUACUUCUUCUUCAAAGAUGAUUUCGCCGAUCAAAAGAGUCUUCUCAGCGCCUUGAGCAGCAUCCUUCAGCAAAUUUUCAUGCUGGAUACUACGCUACUAUCGGACGAGAUCCUUUUACAGUUUGAUGCGAACGCCCAAUGGCUAACUGCGUCCUUUGUUGAACUGUGGCAAAUUCUCAUCAAGGUUGCCGAUAGCAAUCCCGCUACAGAAAUCAUCUGUCUCAUUGAUGCAGUUGACGAAUGCAACGAGCACGAGAGGAGUCAGCUCUUUAGGGCGCUCUGUGAACUUUGUGGUUCCAAGAAAACCCUGAACCUAAAGUUUCUCAUCACUAGUCGACCUUAUCGCGAAAUCGGAAUGGGCUUCAAGCCACUAGAGAACUUGAACUUGCCAGUCAUUCAUCUCAGCGGCGAGAGCGAUUCCGAGAUGAGAAAGAUUGCCAAAGAAAUAGACAUUGCCAUAAGGGAAAGAGUCAAGACAAUCAGUAUCCAACAGGCACUCACAGAUGACGAGCAAUUGAUACUGAUUACACAACUUUUGUGUGUUCGGAAUCGAACAUAUCUCUGGGCCCAUCUGACAUUGGAUUUGAUCGAGCGCCAGCUUGACAUCAGCAAGGAGAAGAUUGUCAACAUCACAUCACAUCUCCCUCAAAACGUCAACGAAGCCUACGAAAGGAUACUGUGCAGAACUUUUAGCAAAGACAAGGCAACCAGGAUGUUACACCUCAUCAUCGCUGCAGAACGCCCUCUUACAGUGGGGGAAAUGGUCGUUGCCCUCGAGCUUCAGCAGCAUCACCAGUCUAUUGACGAUAUCGAAAUAGAGCCCGAAGACCGCUUCCGAGAAAAGAUUAGAGACAUCUGCGGAUUGGUCACUGUUAGCGAAUCACGAAUAUUCCUUCUUCAUCAGACUGUUAAAGAGUUUCUGAUUUCUAUAGACUAUGCCGAGCCUACCAGUCUAAGCUGGAAGCAAUCAGUACUCGUGCAGGAUCCUAACUUGACCCUCACCUAUGUCUGCGUCUGGUGUCUUCAAUUGGACCACUUGACGAAAGGGCGGCAUAGUGCCAAUUCAAGUCCCUCAAAACACACCUCGAGAAACUUAUUUGUCAACUAUGCUGCUAAACACUGGGCCAAUCAUUUCAAUCGGUUGUCAGUUCAUGAUCAGAAAAAAUUGACGAGCUUAGCUCUAGAGAUCUGUAAUGCUCGAGGUUCUUGCUUCUUAGCUUGGUUCCAAGUUUAUUGGAGAAAUCGGCAUGCCCGACGAGUUCCAGGGUUCACAACUUUGAUGGUGGGAUCUUAUUUUGGACUUGAACCAGUUGUGAGACACAUCCUCAAAACUGAAUCUUCUCAAUUGAACAUGAAAGACGAGACUUACCAAAGGUCGGCGUUGUCUUGGGCAGCGGGUAAUGGCCACGAGGGUGUUGUGGAACGUCUAAUCCGUGGCUUAUCGAUUGGCCCUCGGUCCUUGAAAAUUGUUCUUCGACGAGGAGCCAAAAUCAACCAGUUGGAUUCAGAUAAGCGAACGCCACUUACCUAUGCUAUCUGGAAUGGACACCUGUCGGUCGUUCGCCGCUUGGUCGAAGCUGGCGCGUGGGUUGACGUUCCCGAUGUCUUGGGAGCAACACCAACCUCGUACGCAGUGACGAGCGGAAAUUUGAAAAUCAAAAAUCUGGUUGUGCGGGGAAAUGUUCCUAGUAACGGAAAUCGUACGGAAGGGGAAAAGCUUCUAUUGUCCGCAGCCAAGUAUGGUCAUAUUCACGUGGUGAGGGUGCUUCUGGAAGCUAAAGAAACAAACCUCAAUUUCAAGGAUGUAGAAGGCUGGACUCCACUAAUGUGGGCUAUCAACUACAGAUACAGUGGGAUCGUCAAACUUCUCCUGGAACACAAUGCAGAUGUGGAUAUCAGAGACAGGGCUGGGAUGUCACCCCUUCACUUCGCUACCCGAUACGGCCAAUUCGAAGUGGCAAGAGUGAUACUGCAAACCGGACGCGCUGAUGUUAACAUUGAAGAUUUGACUGGACUGACCCCCCUUCACCAGGCUGCUCGUUGGAGACAGGACGAUAUUGCUCAGUUGAUAUUGAGGACAGGGGUGGCCAACGUCACUGCUAGAGUACACGGGAAAGAUCCUGCGUAUUCUUGGGUUAUUCGAUACAGUUCUUUCUCGACUCUUAAACUGAUGUUUGAUCUUUAUGAUGAUGCCGUUAGCGUUCAAGAUUGUACAAUGGCCAUUCUUGAGACUGACAACGAGUGGCUCGACAAGGAUUGGGCCGACAAGUUAAAAGUUAUGCUGGAAGUAAAGAAGAUAAAUAUCAAUCUGGCUGACAGCAAGGGCGAAACUAUCUUGCAUAGAGCUGUCACAAAGAGAUCAUAUCAAAUGAUCAAGGAGAUUCUCACAACAGCAAAAGCGCCUGCCAACAGCCGAGACAGCCGUGGGCUUACGCCUCUAGCCCUGGCUUGUUUGACCCUAGACUCGGACGCAGUGUCUCCGUUCUUGGAAAACGAUUCAGUAGACGUGAACAUAGCCGAUAUCAAAGGGUAUACACCACUUCAUCACGCCGUUCAGGAGCACUCAGCUCCUAUCACCGGCGCUCUAAUCGCAAUGGGGAAGACGAGAGUUGACAUGAAGAAUAAAGACGGCCGCACACCACUUUGUCUAGCGUGUUUGAGCGGCAACACAACCUUAGCAAAAUAUUUCCUUCAUCAUUCGCAGGUUAACAUCAACACCCAGGACAAAUACGGACGAACACCUGCUCAUAACUGUGUUUUGAUGGGAAAUGUGGAUAUGUUGCGCCUGAUUCUGCACACAGGUAAAGUGAACCUCAACGUGGUGGAUAACCUCUGGUAUACACCACUACUGCUCGCUGCUCACCGGAGUCAAUGGGAAAUCGUAGUUCUGCUGUUGAAAUACGAACAGGCCAUUAACAUGAAGGAUCGGCAAGGAAGGACAGCACUGAUCUGGGCUAUCAUACACCGACAAACAGACAUAGUCAGGCAACUGAUAUCUAUGGAUCACAUUGACCUUAACGUGCGGGAUGGUAACGGGCUGACCCCGCUAUCUCAUGCGGCUCAGUAUGGAAAUAAAGAGAUAAUCCGGAUGCUACUUGGUGAACCCGGGAUUGACGUCGAUGUCGAAGAUGAUACCGGGAUGACUGCACUGGGACAUGCUGCAAAGUGGGAGCAUUUAGGCGCUGUCGAACUGCUCUUGAAAGAGGGCAAUGCAAAGCCAUUGACAAGGGAUAAAAACGGGAAAACUCUUUUGGAUCUGGCUUCGGCUUAA